UGAGAAAAUACUGGUAAAGGAGAAAUGAAACGUUGGAGACAGGAGAAAAGGGGAACGAGAGGAGGAGGUUAGGAUAAAAAGAGAACAAGGGUAUAUAACCGAACAUCUUACGCUAAAAUGAGGCACAUGUAUUUUCCUUCCAGUGCUGCCGUAGACGGCGUGGAGCUUGGAACGCAUCAGAAUCAUAGAUUCAACGGCCCUAUCAAGCAACUCCUGAGUAACUUACAGCGGCGAAGCUUGAACUCUCGAGGCAAGUUCACCGUCGCAAACCUGCUGCCUCCAUGUUUUCAUUCGCACUAGGAUGUACACGCUUUGUCACGCACCUUCACCGUAUCCUCAUUCGAGAAUUAUUGCUUGCAUCCAACGCCGAGAGUUUGUAACACGUUGAGC